AUGGAGAAAAUCAGCCUUUAUUAUUUUAACCUUGGCAAACCAACACUCGGUCGUGGUGAAAACCUCAAGUUAUUUUUUGUCGACGCUGGUUUGGAGCAUGACUAUAUCCGUUUUAACCGAGAAACGGAAUGGCCUGAAAUGAGGGAAGAGAUAAUAAAGGAUGGUUAUUAUGCAGGUAGCGCUCCUUAUAUCAAGAUGGGAAAUAAGAUAAUUGGUAGAACAGUACCAACCAUGCGUUACAUCUCGACCAAAUUGGGCAAUAAAUACCACGGCUCAACCGAUGAAGAGAGUUACCUGUUGGACGUAGUAUCUGACGUAACGAAUGACUGGUUUGAAAGCAUAAAAAAGCUUUAUCUUGGAAGUGAGGAAGAGAAAAAGCGUCAUGUAGAAAUUACCUACCCUGAUUUUUUGGUGUAUCAUCUUCUUGACGAUGACCAGUGUCUGCAAAGACUAGAUGAGUAUCCUAACCUAAAGGCAUUUGCUAAAGCCUUUGAAGAACGCCCAAAUAUCAAGGAAUACUUGAUUUCUCUCAAAUAA